AUGGCCAAGGUUGCGCUUGUCACUGGUGCGAAUAAAGGCAUUGGUUAUGCAAUAGUCAAGAAUCUGGCAUUGAAAUAUGCCGAAUCGCAACGCACCCCAUCCCUUACCAUUUAUCUUUCGGCGCGUAACCAGUCUCUUGGCGAAACUUCCCUAAGUAAGCUUCAGAAUGAAUUAAAAAUCCAGAAAAUUCUGAGCGGUGAUGGAGGAAAUGUCGAUUUAAAGUUCAUGCGGAUAGAUCUGACCGAUGAACAGACAAUGGUGAACGCCAAAGAAUAUUUACUGCAGAAUCAUGGAGGUUUGGAUAUCCUGAUUAACAACGCCGCAAUGGCAUUUAAAGGAUCCGCUUUCGAUAUCAACGUGGUUCGCACUACGUUGGGAACAAACUUUUAUGGUACGCUCAAGCUAUCCGAAUACCUACUACCGAUAAUCAAACCGCAAGGUCGAUUGAUCAAUAUAGCGAGCAGUGCUGGACGAUUGGGCAUACUCAGCAACGAGCUCGCUCAGGAAUUUACUAGAGACGAUUUAGACAUUGAUGGUUUGGUUGCGCUUAUGAAGAAGUUUGAGGAUGCCGUGGAGAAAGGAACUUGGAAGGAAGAAGGAUGGCCAACGCAAGCAUACGGUGUGAGUAAAGUAGGCGUCACCGCUCUGACAAGGAUACUUGCCCGUCGUGUUUCCAGCGAAGGAAAAGACAUUUUGGUUAGUUGCUGUUGUCCUGGAUGGGUGAAGACUGACAUGGCCGGACCUGCAGCACCUCUAACACCAGAUCAAGGUGCGGAAACGCCAGUUUUUCUAGCUUUGGACGAAGAAACUGUGCCAGCAGCGAAGAACGGAGAGUUUUGGAAGCGAUGCAAGAUUACUACGUG